CCAGUUGAAGGCAGACACACUGCACAGUAGUGGCCGAGGGCAGUUUCCCCACUGGUGCGAUCCACGUCGCUGCUCCUCUUGACAUCAAACUCGUCAUCGGCACCACUGAGGCAAAGAGCUGGGAGAUUUUUGAUCCAUCGACAGAUUUUCUCGGUGUGGAAAUCCAGCGCGUUCCUCCACUAUUUGUAUCCCAGCAACCUGAUGAAUGGAGCUCUUGAACAAACGCCACCGGCAUCAUCCUUCCUUGAUUCAUUUAACGCGAGCGACUGCUCAAUAAACACACGCCCGCCUUUAUGAACCGAGACUGUAAACUUCACGAAAAGGCGACUGCGUGUCCUCGUCCAUGGAGUUUGACACGCAUAGUUCGCGCAUGCGCACAACUAGGUCCCCGCCCCCUACCUGAGAGCGGCGCACCUGGAUCCAACUAGACGGAAGUUUGGCCAAGUACAAAUCUUUUUUUUAGGUUUUUUUUCUCUCUCUCUCUACCCGACCAAAACCAGCUUCUCCUUCGCGUCGGUGUAGGCAGCGACGCGCAACCCGGUCGGAAGGAGACAUGAAUUCGGUCCUUGUGUUUUUGUUGGAGUCGAUUUGGGAGCUUUUUUUUAUCGCACGUCGGGCUCCCUGAAUCAUGUUGGGACUGCAGUUUAAACCCAGCCUGGGUCUGCAUCCAAGAAGAAUGACAAUACUGCGCCGAGUGUUCCGACGACGACUGCAUCCUCUGAAACUGAUCGUAGCUGCACUGGUCUUUGUCACGUUUGUGUUCUUGAUACAAUGGGAAGUGGAGAACCGAAGUCAACGGGAGGACCCGUGGCUCAAGGAGAUCAAAGAGAAGCAGGAUACCAUGCUGGGCAUGGUGAUGGGAGCGGUUAACAACUUCAGGGACGCCAUGCCCAAAUUGCAGAUUGGAGCCCCCAUACGUCAGAAGCACAGUGCAAACGGUGCGUCCUGCUUGCCGGGUCGCUACACAGCCGCCGAGCUCAAACCGGCCUUGGAGAGGCCUCCCCAGAACCCGCUAGCGCCGGGCGCCGCCGGCAAGCCCUUCCGGACGGACUCGCUGAGCCCCGCAGAACAGAAAGAAAAAGAGACGGGCGAGCAGAAGCACUGCUUCAAUCUGUAUGCCAGCGAUCGCAUCUCCCUGAGCCGAGACCUGGGCGCCGACACGAGACCACCAGAAUGUAUUGAGCAAACCUUCAAGCGAUGCCCUCGCUUGCCAACCACCAGCGUGAUAAUCGUCUUUCACAAUGAGGCUUGGAGCACCCUGCUCAGGACGGUGUACAGCGUCCUGCAUACAUCCCCCGCCAUUCUCCUCAAGGAGAUUAUCCUGGUGGACGACGCCAGUGCUGAUGAUGUGCUUAAGGACGAGUUGGACGAGUAUCUGAAAGCUCUCAGUAUUGUCCGGGUCGUCCGGCAAGUAGAGAGGAAAGGCCUGAUUACUGCUCGGUUACUGGGCGCGUCUGUGGCUACCGGUGACACCCUCACCUUUCUGGAUGCCCAUUGCGAAUGCUUUCACGGCUGGCUGGAGCCGCUGCUUGCCAGGAUUGCGGAGAACUCGACCGCCGUGGUCAGUCCUGACAUAUCGACCAUCGACCUCAACACCUUUGAGUUCAUGAAGCCGUCCCCGUCCGGCCAGAACCACAACCGGGGCAACUUUGACUGGGGCUUGUCCUUUGGAUGGGAGAGUCUUCCGGAUCAUGAGAAAAACAGGAGGAAGGACGAAACGUACCCAAUUAAGACGCCCACUUUUGCCGGCGGGCUGUUCUCCAUCUCCAAGGAAUAUUUCUACCACAUUGGAAGCUAUGAUGAGCAAAUGGAAAUCUGGGGUGGCGAGAAUAUUGAAAUGUCUUUCAGGGUCUGGCAGUGCGGCGGGCAGCUGGAGAUCAUCCCCUGCUCCGUCGUGGGCCACGUUUUCCGCACCAAGAGUCCCCACACUUUUCCCAAGGGCACGCAGGUCAUCGCCCGCAACCAGGUCCGACUGGCCGAGGUCUGGAUGGACGAGUAUAAGGAGAUCUUCUACCGUCGUAACCAGCAAGCGGGACAGAUGGCCAAAGAUAAAACGUUUGGGGAUGUCUCAAAGCGCGUCAAGCUCCGUGAGCGGCUGCAGUGCAAGAACUUCUCCUGGUAUUUGAAGAACGUCUAUCCAGAGGUCUUCAUGCCCGAUCUGAACCCCCUGCGCUUUGGCGCGGUGAAAAAUGUGGGCAAGGACUCUUGUCUGGAUGCCGGCGAGAACAAUGACGGGGGCAAACAGCUGAUCAUGUACCCAUGUCAUGGAAUGGGAGGGAACCAGUAUUUUGAGUUCUCCACGCAUCAUGAGAUCCGACACAACAUUCAGAAGGAGCUGUGUUUGCACGGGGUGCAGGGGCCCGUCAAGCUGGAGGCCUGCCAGUAUAAAGGCAGGAACACGGCCGUAGGACCGGAGCAAAAGUGGCAGAUGCAGGAUAACCAGUUAAUCUACCUGCCGAGAAGCAACAUGUGUCUGAGUGCCCGCCUUGAGCAUCCCUCCCUCACUCCAUGCGACCCUUCAGACAGAUACCAGCUUUGGGCCUUUAUCUGACCGCGGACCUCUUGAGUAUCCCUUUUUUUAAUAUAUAGAUUCCUGACUGCAAAGACUUUUUAAUUUAUUUUUAACACAUAAACAGAACUGUCGCUGCUUCAAAGUUUGAAUGUCGGGCGAAAGCACGUCAGGGAGUCACCGUGGGGGUGGGGGAACGUUUUGGACACGUUGCCUCCGAGCACAGUGUGUACUCAAAGAUGCUCGGAAUCAUGAAGGUGCACUGAGCUGACUGGUGCCUUUUUUUUUCUUUUUUAAAUCAAAUGUACGGACAAAAGUAUUGGGACACAUGGCCAUUAAACAUACCAAAUUUAGGCCAAAAUCUUUCACUCUCCUGGGAAGAUUUUAACCAGAUUGUCAAUUUCUUUCACUUUAAACCAUCUUAUCAGGCCUUGAUGGAUCUGCACAAAGUUGUUCCCACUAAAUUGGAAGCCGGGUUAGAGCAGUGCCCCAAGACAUUUGUCCCUACGUGUAGUUUCACUUCGCCUCGUAUGAGCAUUGUAACGUGCCGUAUGGCACCCACGUGAAGCCAACAUUGAAUCGAAUAUCUAUUAAAUGAUAAAAUAACAAUGACAACAUAAACAAACGCCUUACAAUCAGCGUACCAAAGACACUGACUUAAACGGAAACACAAAUGUGAGCACAGAAUCUAUUUUUAAGACCACUUUCAUCCAGUGCCUUAAAUGCCAUUUUAUUCUAUACGAGGUGGGGGAGGGGGGAGGGGAUCUGCUACAUGAGUGUGCGGGGAGUACCGUUGUUGCGGGGGUCAUCAUUGUUUUCUUGGUAUGAAGUUGGCUGCCUCUGAAAUGCCUUGAUGCAAAUGCCGCAAUGCUUACCUGCCUAUGUGUACUUCAAUUUGACGGACAAAUCUCUGAUGACCAACACGCUGUGCUCUAAGAGGCCAAACUCAUUUGUGCUAGUUAUCCUAAAUACUAUAAACUUGACCAGCCUUACUGUGUGGUUUUCAUGUCAAACUGGGGGAACUUGGAAAAAAUAAACAUGUGCAGCCAUUUGUCGAGAAGCUACGUCUAUAUUAAGCGUCUCCUGCAGGGGGCGUCGUAGACUAACAAAAUGACAUUCACGUGAAACUCAAACAUGACAUCAUGAAGACCAAAUGACAUUUAUUUCAAAACCAUGUAAAAAUGAAAACUAAUUCUAUCUACAGAUUAAAAAAAACACAUAGGGGAAAAAAGUCACUUUGUGCAAAACGUAUGCAUUUCACAAAAUCCCAAAAUGAAAAAGAAAUCAGGCACAUGAAGCUUUUACAACUCACAAUCAGCAUUUAAAAAUGGACAAUUUUAAAAAUACUGAAGCAAUUUACUCAAUACUGACUGACCACAAUAAAUACACGUUUCAAUAUGUCAUUCAUAAAUACUAAGGGGGUGCGGGUGGGGGUGGGGGUGAAUUCUUGACUGGAUGCAACAUCAUCUCACCCUCACACUGUACUGUAUGCUUUGGCAAAAUUAAUCAGCACUAUUGAUUCCCUCCAUUGCCCGAAAGCAUUCUGCACAUGUGAGGUCCAAACUUAUAACCACUUAAAAAAAAAAGAGAAAAAAAAAUCCUCCAUUAGCAGCCGAGUUGUUUCAUUUGAGAUUUUAAGUGCUUAUUUUGCAAUUUCUCCACGUCGUCAUUUUCAAUGACUCAGUUAUGAUCAUCAAAUAUCAAUCUGUGAUUGUCAUCCAUUUUUAAUGUAUGCAAUGGCAAUUAUAAGGGGGAAAAAUGCUAUGUUGAAAUUAGUGGAAUAAAUUUGUAGAUAACUAUUGCACACAACAACCUCAUUUAAUGGAUCAUCUUAAAUAAACCUCAUUCAUAUAAACAACCAGACAGGAAUGUUUGUACAGCAUUCAAACCACAAGAGAGAAAAAAAACCCCAAAAAAGAUAUCACAUUAAUUUUGUUCGAUAUUUAGCGGUUGGGGUCAGCAUGAAUUUAAAUCAGAGCUUUUUGGAGACAUUUCAAAGUGCUAUUUAAUAUCCCUGUAUUAAUGAAACACUUUAAUGCGGCGACUCUUUUUCGCCAUUCAAGUAUCGAUUAAAAAAACAAAA